AUGCCUGCAGCAACGCAGUGCACCACACCUGAGGAGCCCUACGUGAUGUUCAAGAAGUCGGACACGCUGUACGGCAACGACCGCUUCGAGGGCUACUGCAUCGACCUGCUGCGGGAGCUGGCCGCCAUCCUGGGCUUCACCUACGAGGUGCGGCUGGUGGAGGACGGACGCUUCGGGGCCCAGGACGAGUUCACGGGCCAGUGGAACGGCAUGGUGAAGGAGCUCAUGGACCACAGGGCCGAUCUGGCCGUGGCUCCCCUAGCCAUCACCUACGUGCGAGAGAAGGUCAUCGAUUUCUCCAAGCCCUUCAUGACGCUGGGGAUAAGUAUACUAUACCGCAAGCCCAACGGCACCAACCCGGGGGUCUUCUCCUUCCUCAACCCCCUCUCGCCAGAUAUCUGGAUGUAUAUUCUGCUGGCUUACUUGGGUGUCAGUUGUGUGCUGUUUGUCAUAGCCAGGUUUAGUCCCUACGAGUGGUAUAAUCCCCACCCUUGCAACCCCGACUCGGAUGUAGUGGAAAACAAUUUCACCCUGCUAAAUAGUUUCUGGUUCGGAGUUGGAGCUCUCAUGCAGCAAGGCUCAGAGCUAAUGCCGAAAGCCCUGUCCACCAGAAUAGUAGGAGGCAUCUGGUGGUUCUUCACCCUCAUCAUCAUCUCCUCCUACACGGCCAACCUGGCGGCCUUCCUCACCGUGGAGCGCAUGGAGUCGCCCAUCGACUCGGCCGACGACCUGGCCAAGCAGACCAAGAUAGAGUACGGUCUGGUGGAGGACGGUUCCACCAUGUCCUUCUUCAAGAAAACCAAGAUCUCCACGUACGACAAGAUGUGGGAGUUCAUGAGCAGUCGGAGGCACUCAGUGAUGGUGAAGAACGUGGAGGAGGGCAUUCACCGCGUGCUCACCUCCGACUACGCCUUCCUCAUGGAGUCCACCACCAUCGAGUUCGUCACGCAGCGCAACUGCAACCUCACGCAGAUCGGGGGCCUCAUCGACUCCAAGGCCUACGGAGUCGGCACCCCCAUGGGCUCUCCGUACCGAGAUAAGAUCACUAUAGCCAUCCUCCAGCUGCAAGAGGAGGGGAAGCUGCACAUGAUGAAGGAGAAGUGGUGGCGGGGGAACGGCUGCCCCGAGGAGGAGAGCAAGGAGGCCAGCGCUCUGGGGGUGCAGAACAUCGGGGGCAUCUUCAUCGUGCUGGCUGCCGGCCUGGUGCUGUCCGUGUUCGUGGCCGUCGGGGAGUUCCUCUACAAGUCCAGGCAGAACGCGCAGCUCGAAAAGCGGUCCUUCUGCAGCGCCAUGCUGGACGAGCUUCGGGUUUCGCUCACGUGCCAGCGGCGGCUGAAGCACAAGCCCCAGCCGGCUGCCCUGGUCAAGACAGAGGAGGUCAUCAACAUGCACACCUUUAACGACCGCCGACUGCCCGGGAAAGAGACCAUGGCCUGAAUGGGACUCUAUGCUCGUCCUCGCUCUCGCUCUCUCUCUCUCUCUCUCUCUCUCUCUCUCUCUCUCUCUCUCUCACUCUCUCUCUCUCUCCCUCUCUCUCUCUCUCUCUCCCUCUCCCUCUCUCUCUCUAUCUCCCUCCCUCCCU